AUGAACAACGCUCUUGAUUGGUUAAAGCGCAAAUAUAAUUGCCCUAAUGAUACAACUGCACAUUCCGUUACUUCCUCUAUUCCAACUACCGCAAACUACACGAUGUCGGGAAGACAAGGCGGUAAGUUAAAACCUGUUAAAAAGCCAAAGAAACAAAACAAAGAGCUCGAUGAGACUGAUUUAGAGUUUAAAAAAAAGAAAGCUGAGGAAGAAAAGAAAAAAAAGGAGCUUGCAGCGAAAGCAGCAGGAAAAGGGCCUCUUGUUGGCGGUGGCAUUAAGAAAUCCGGAAAGAAAUAG